UCUCCCCAAAUCUUCCACCUUUAUUUUUAUUUAUUGUGUCGCUCUCAUUCUCUUCUCCAUUCAUGGCCUUCGGUGAGAAUUAUCACCGACGGAUAAAUUUGAGAUUUAGACAGCCAGCUGCUGACGAAGCGAGCAGAUCAUCGAUUGGGGGCCCACAACACAGCGCCAAUGGCGACCUCUCUUGUUUGUACUAUGUUGCUGCAUACCAUCCACAAGCUAAAAGGGUUCUCCUUCUGGUGAAAAACAAAGGGCUUUCUCUUCUUCAGCCAAAAAAAUGUCUUUCGAGCAAGCAAUUGCAUAUCGGACAGUCAAGCCCAUUACUAUUUCCUACUCAGAUCUCACGGACAAGGAAAGGAACUUGUCGGACAAGAUCGAGGAAGCAUUAGGUCCCAAGGGACUAGGGAUCAUUUUGAUCUCAGAUGUACCUGGAUAUUCUUUAUUACGGAAGAUUCUCCUCCGGCUUUCAUCCAUAGUGGCAAGCCUUCAUGAUGAUGUAAAAGUUAGUCUUGAAGGUCAACCAAGCAGGUUUGGCAUUGGGUGGAGUUGUGGCGAUGAAAGGCUUGAAUCCAAUAAAGUUGAUAUAGACAGAGGAUCAUUUUCUGCUAAUCCAAUUCUAGAUGUUCCUACGACUGAUGUUUCCCUUAUGCAACGGUACCCAUCAUUUUGUUGUCCAAAUAAAUGGCCGAGCAGUGCUUUGCCUGAGCUUGAAGGGGCAUUUAAAGCUCUGGGAAAGAUGAUUUUUGAUGUGGGGCUGAAGCUAGCAUUUCACUGUGACAAAUAUGUGUCAAAAACAAUGAUGAUUGUUGAGGAUGAAGGCAUUGAGAAGAUAAUUAAGCGCUCCAGGUGCCACAAAGCUCGUCUACUCUAUUACUUCCCAAAGCAGAAAAGUGAAUGCAUGGAAGAUAGCAAAUCGAUUUCAUCAUGGGCUGGCUGGCAUACUGACUUCAGCUGUCUUACAGGUCUUACCUCCGGUAUGUUCGUGAGAAACACUGAAGUGGUUGGAUGCCCUGAUAGUGCUGGACUUUAUAUAAAAGCGCGCAAUGCUGAAAUUGUAAAAGUUGUCUUUGGAGAGGAUGAAUUGGCAUACCAAAUUGGUGAUACGCUUGAAAUCAUUUCAGGAGGCCGACUUUGUGCAACUCCACAUUGUGUCAGGGCACCUAGCUUGGAGGAGGCUGCAGGUGUGGCACGCUCAAGUUUCGCAAUGUUCAUGCAACCUGACUGGUAACUGCAGAAAGACAGUCCAUGAUCUAUACAGUUCAAGUUAGCAAGAUGAAGAUCUUAAGCUGGGGGACAUGAGCAAUUUUGAUAUAAAGAUGAUCCCACGCAAUGAAAAUUUUACUUUUGGAGAGUAUUCUGAGGCACUUAUCCGCAAGUAUAUAACAUAAGGGUUUAUAAGCAUAUCACUUGUCAAGCAUGAAUGAACUUGUAAUAAUUGUCGAAGUGUGAUUUGUGUUUUACGACAGAGUCGAGAGUUUGUUUAGUCACACGACAUAGUUUGAAAUGUGCUGUAUUUGGGGACAUAUACCCAAUUAAAUAAGAUUGUGCUUGGUGAUGAUAAGUGCAGAUCCUCACAGCAAUGCACAUCAUUGUACUAGUGAUGAUUACAUGCUUUAAGGGGUAACAUGCAAGUUUUAUGGACAA